GAGUGGCGGCCAUUUUGUGCGUCCGUGUCCGGUGACAGCAGCAUCCGGCGGGGUUCGGCCCGUUAAUCGGACAUGGCUCUCCGCAUUGUGAAGGGUAGCAUUGAUCGCAUGUUCGAUAAGAACCUGCAGGACUUGGUGCGGGGGAUCAGAAAUCACAAGGAGGAUGAAGCAAAAUAUAUAUCGCAUUGUAUCGAUGAAAUCAAACAGGAGCUUAAGCAGGACAACAUCGCCGUGAAAGCCAAUGCCGUCUGCAAGCUUACAUAUUUACAAAUGCUGGGCUAUGACAUCAGCUGGGCUGCCUUCAAUAUCAUCGAAGUGAUGAGUGCAUCGAAGUUUACAUUUAAGAGGAUCGGAUACCUUGCUGCCUCACAGUGCUUUCACGAGGGGACAGAUGUGAUCAUGCUGACCACAAACCAGAUUAGGAAGGAUCUGAGCAGCCCAAAUCAGUAUGAUACGGGAGUUGCCCUUACUGGUUUGUCAUGCUUUGUCACUCCUGAUCUGGCCAGGGAUUUGGCUAACGACAUCAUGACGUUGAUGUCCCACACUAAGCCUUAUAUAAGGAAGAAAUCAGUUCUGAUAAUGUACAAAGUGUUUCUGAAGUACCCAGAGUCCCUACGUCCCGCUUUCCCUCGCCUUAAGGAGAAGCUAGAAGACCCUGACCCAGGUGUCCAGUCUGCUGCUGUUAAUGUAAUAUGUGAACUUGCACGCCGAAACCCUAAAAACUACCUGUCCUUGGCGCCUCUGUUCUUUAAGUUGAUGACUUCUUCUACCAACAACUGGGUUCUUAUUAAAAUAAUAAAGCUGUUUGGUGCACUAACUCCUUUGGAGCCAAGGCUGGGGAAGAAACUGAUUGAACCACUCACGAACCUAAUACACAGCACAUCUGCGAUGUCUCUUCUGUAUGAAUGUGUGAACACUGUCAUAGUAGUUUUGAUAUCUCUCUCAUCGGGAAUGCCCAACCACAGCGCUAGUAUACAGCUCUGUGUGCAGAAGUUAAGAAUUCUGAUUGAAGAUUCUGAUCAGAACUUGAAGUACCUUGGCUUACUAGCCAUGUCAAAGAUUCUGAAGACUCAUCCCAAAUCUGUUCAGUCCCACAAGGAUCUAAUCCUACAGUGUUUGGAUGACAAGGACGAGUCAAUCCGACUUAGAGCACUUGAUCUGCUGUACGGAAUGGUGUCCAAAAAGAACCUGAUGGAGAUAGUCAAGAAGCUAAUGAUUCAUGUUGACAAAGCAGAAGGCACUGCAUACAGGGAUGAGCUAUUGACCAAAAUCAUUGAUAUCUGUAGCCAGUCCAACUAUCAGUAUAUCACUAACUUUGAGUGGUAUAUUAGCAUCCUUGUUGAGCUCACUCGCCUGGAAGGCACUCGUCAUGGCCAUUUGAUUGCAGCUCAGAUGCUUGAUGUGGCCAUCAGAGUGAAGGCCAUUCGCAUGUUUGCUGUAUCUCAGAUGGCAACACUCCUGGACAACGCACAUCUGCUGGCCAGUAACACCCAGCGGAAUGGAAUUUGUGAGGUCCUCUAUGCUGCUGCUUGGAUCUGUGGAGAGUUUGCAGAACACCUGGCUGAACCACAACAGACGCUGGAGGCCAUGCUGAGGCCGAAGGUCACUACUCUGCCAGGACACAUCCAGGCAGUGUAUGUGCAGAAUGUGGUGAAGCUGUAUUCCUGUAUCCUACAGCGCAAAGAGCAUGAAGGAGACCACGAAGGCGCCCAAGAGAUCACACAGCUUAUGAUUGAGCGUCUCCCUCAGUUUGUGCAGAAUGCAGACCUUGAAGUUCAGGAGAGGGCUUCAUGUAUAUUGCAACUUAUCAAAUAUAUCCAGAAGCUUCAGGCCAAGGAGGUCCCAGUUGCAGAGGAGGUGAUGGCUUUGUUUGAAGGAGAGUUAAAUCCUGUUGCCCCCAAAGCCCAGAAAAAGGUCCCAGUUCCAGAGGGCCUAGACCUGGACGCGUGGAUCAAUGAACCACCAUCUGAUAGUGAAUCUGAAGAUGAAAAACCCAAGGCCAUCUUCCAUGAGGAAAAGCAAACACAUGGAAGGUCAACUCGGCCAGAAGUAGAUGAGGAGGAGCUGGCACGGAGACGAGCAGUCCGUAAGGAAGAACAAGCCAAUAAUCCAUUUUACAUCAAGAGUUCUCCGUCCCAACACAAGCUUUAUCAAGAAUCUCCUGGUGUUGAUCACAUCCCCGUGGUACAGAUAGAUCUCACUGUGCCCCUCAAAGUCCCAGGACUCCCAAUGUCUGAUCAGUAUGUGAAACUGGAAGAGGAGCGGCGGAGCAAGCAACGUCAAGAGAAGGAUAAGAAACGCAAGAAAGAAAAAGAAAAGAAAGGAGGGAAGACAAGGAGACAUCGCUCACUGCAUACAGAAAGUGAUGAGGAUAUCACCCCUGCCCAUCAUGUGGACAUCCUAACUGAGGAGAUGCCAGAGAAUGCCUUGCCCAGUGAUGAUGAUGAUAAGGACCCAAAUGACCCUUAUAGAGCUCUAGAUAUAGAUUUGGAUAAGCCUCUAGCAGACACAGAGAAGCUUCCGGUUCAAAGACACAGAAAUGCAGAAAGUCUCAAGUCACCAGAAAAUGAAACCAAUGUGUUAGACCAAAAAACAAAGAAAUCCAACAGGAAGGAGAAAAAGCAGUCAGAAACAGACAAAGUGAAGAAAAAAGAAAAGAAAAAAAGCAAAGAGAAAGAAGAGAAAAUCAAACGCAAGAAAUCUGUCCCUAGCAAAGCCAAGGAAGAUGAGGUCAUUGUGAGGGAAGACGAGGCCAUAGAGGAGAAGAAAACAGCAGAGGACCCGUCUAAUGACAUGGAUUUCUGGCUUGCUGACACCCAGACACCUGCACAGGCUCAGCCUCCUUCUGCCAUCAAUUCCAAGAUAGAGGAACCCCAACAUGAAGAGCAAGUAGGUGAAGCAAACGAAGAGGAACAGGAAAAAGAAAAGAAAUCCCACCGACACAAGAAGAAGCAUAAGAAGGAGAAAGAUGAGGUGAAGGAGGAUAAGAAAGCUCGCAAGAAGAAGCACCAUCAUCAUCACCGCCAUUCUCAGGAAGAGCAGACAGAGUCGGUGCAAAAUGGAACCCUGGAUGAAGAGGAGCCUCUGCCGCCAAUGUCCAGUUAUAGAAUUUUGGCUGAAAACUCAUACAUCAAGAUGAUGUAUGAUGUUCAAGCAGAUCUACAGAAGCAGAGCCAGGUCACAGUUUCCAUCAUUCUGGAAAAUCAAAGUCAGAGCUUCCUAAAGAACAUGGAAAUUAAUGUUCUAGACUCUCUAAAUACCAAAAUGCUAAGGCCAGAGGGAACCAAUGUUCAUGAUGGGAUCCCUGUGCCAUUCCAACUGCCCCCAGGUGUCUCAAAUGAAGCUCAGUUUGUGUUCACAGUCCAGAGUAUUAUCAUGCCCCAAAAUCUUAAAGGAACGUUGUCCUUUAUAGCAAAGGAUGAGGAAGGAUCAUCCCAUGAGAAAUUGGACUUCAAGCUACUCUUCAGCUGUUCCUCUUACCUAAUUAUGACCCCUUGCUACAGUGAUGCAUAUGCCAAGCUUUUGGAAUCAGGAGACCUGAAGAUGAACUCUCUCCAAGUUGAUUCCACUAGUCUGUCUUUCCACCAUCUGCUAGCAAAGAUUUGCUUUUAUCAUCAUUUCACAGUAAUUGAGCGAGUUGACUCGUGUGCGUCAAUGUACAGCAGGUCUAUUCAGGGGCACCACGUUUGUCUACUGGUGAAAAAGGGUGAGAAGUCAAUAUCCAUUGAUGGGAAAUGCAAUGAAGCAUCUCUACUAAGCAGCCUUCUCAGCGAAAUCAAAGCGACACUGAUAGAAUCUUGAACAGAAGGAUCUCUCUUGUUUUACCGCCUCUCUUCUCUGCAUCUCCUGCCAGAAGCACUCAAUAGAACAGAAAGUCAAAAGACCCAAAAAUAUUAAUGUAAUUGUUCUGAUCCAAAUGCAUGUUCUGUCUCUGCAGCUCUAUGCAGCAGGAGGCCCAAAUAUGAUUCUGUCCCCCUGAAAGUGGAUUCUAAUUCUAUUUUUUUUCUUUCCUCACCCCUACCCCUUUUUUAAGAUCUCAAUGUUAACCCCACAGUGCCUAGUGGGUGCUGUUUUAAUUACGAUCCCAUUCAUUUAACUUUUUUGCUGCCGUGUAGGAGCUGUACUUGACCGAAAUUGUUAACUCUGCUUUUAUUAUGGAUUGUGAACUUGCAGUGAAGCUCACUGGGCCCUCCUACAUAUGAAACGAUGACCUGCAAUAUGCAAAGGCUGCUAUCCUUUUUUUAAGAAUGAAAAAAACAACAACGGUGCAGCUAUGGUUUGGAUAGAAGGCAUAUAUUUAAACCUAUAUAUGAAGUGUCUACCAAUGUUGAGGAGGAGCUCAGUAGAAGUGUUCACAAUGCAACAAGAAACUUCCCUCAACCUGUCUUGCAGUUUUCCGUGUCAUACAUGAACUGCUUGUAGGAAAAAGAAUACUGCAUUAUGUUACUGUUUAUUUUCCUUCCUUUAUUUGCCACAAGCCUUGCACCCUCUCUUGUGCUCUAUGUUCCCUCUGUAUUAGAUGGCCUCCCUAAAGUAAGAAGGUCAACAAGACAUUCCUUUAAGGGGAACUUUUACCUCCAGUAACUGGAAACCCAUAUCUCAGUUAUUUUUGAGUGUCUUAUUUGUGUGAUUUUGUUUUUGGUUUUUUUUUGUGUUGAUUCUCGUUCUUUUGUUUUUGUGUGCUCUCACUUUUGCUAUUCUCCUUAAGUCCAACUAUAUAUAUUUGGAAAAUACUAUAGUCUGUGUUGUACAGUCCAAGUAUCAUUAAAUUAAUGGUUCUACACUUUUUUUUGCUUUUAAAUAGGCAUUCGGCAAUCCAUUCUUAAGCAAGUUGCAGGUCUUUUAACUGCAAAACUAGUAAUCAUGUGAAUUCUGGGGAAAUCUAACUGGUGGUGCCUUAAUGUAACUCCUAAUCUUUUCAGAUGGACUAAGUGCACUACUGUAAUGUGUAACCUUUAUUAAAUUCUUUAUUCAAGUGUUCUGUGACCCAGGCGUGACCCAAGUGCAACAAGGACAGCACUCUUGGAUCGUGAGACCAAUAUUCAAUUAUUUAUUGACAAUAAAUGGCUAUGGAAAUGUUACAUGUUCAGUGCAUCAAAGAAUAGAAGUUGGAGUAGCUUGCUGGUCCCAAAAGUUCCCUUCGAUUAAAAGAAGUGUGCUCUGAUUCCUGGGUUAUUUACCUGUACAGUCACUGCACAUUGAGCAUAACAGUGGACACAGGGAGAAUCUGUCAGUGUGCAAUAGAAAAGGGGAAUACUGUAUACUUAGAAACACUAAAACCCUGCUUUCCAGUAAAGGCUAAUGCAUCUUCAGGCGACCCAACAAGUUCCUCUGUGUAUUGGAGACGUUUGUGAAGGUGUGUAUCUUAAUCUCUCUAGACAUUUUCAAGGUGUGUCAUCAGGUGGAGCAUUAAUGUCUAUAAACUUUACAAAAAUUAAGACUUGGAGCUUUACAUUGCUUACUGAGAGAGUUUUAUUUGAAGACAAAAUUGUAAAAUAGACAUAAAAUGAUAGAUGCUGAGGACUGAUAGGUCGAACAGGGUCAUAGAUCUACGCUAUAUAUAAUUCAGUAUUGUAGCAAUCUCCAUAUAUCAUCCAUCUUGUACACAAGCCAUCUAAAAUGGCCAGAUAAUACUGUAUCCCUCCCUAGUACACUUCAUCUGACAUCAGUAACAUGGUUUUCUUAGUUUUGCCCACUCUAUUAUCUUGUCUUAGAUUUCAAACAUGUCACAAAAUGUCUAUUUUGUUUUGCCACUCUUUGGUUGGUUACAUUCGCAUGUAAAAUAUGUUCUUUCCCAGAACCCCGUGUGGUGAACUAGAAGUUUGCAGUCUGUAUGUGUUUAAAAAAAAAAUGUUUUCAACAUUCCCUUGAAGGACAGAAAUGGUACCACUAAAGCUGCUGUAAUUGUAUCAAGAUGAUCCACAAUAAAGUAUCACAAUGUUCAAGUUU